AUGCCGGCCAAGAGGAAGCCGGUGCUGCCGGCCCUCAACAUCGCCCCCAGCGCUGCCGAGGGGCCGAGCCCCGACGGCUCCGCCGAGGCAAACUUGGUGGACCUUCAGAAAAAGCUCGAGGAACUGGAGCUGGAUGAGCAGCAGAAGAAGCGCCUGGAAGCUUUUCUCACACAGAAGGCCAAAGUGGGCGAACUGAAGGACGAUGACUUUGAGAGGAUCUCUGAACUGGGGGCUGGCAACGGCGGGGUGGUCACCAAAGUGCAGCACAAACCCUCAGGGCUCGUUAUGGCACGGAAGCUGAUUCAUUUAGAAAUCAAACCAGCCAUCAGGAAUCAGAUUAUCCGAGAGCUGCAGGUGCUGCAUGAGUGUAAUUCCCCAUAUAUCGUGGGUUUCUAUGGAGCCUUCUACAGUGACGGAGAGAUCUCCAUCUGCAUGGAGCACAUGGAUGGCGGCUCUUUGGAUCAAGUGUUGAAAGAAGCCAAAAGAAUUCCCGAGGAGAUCUUGGGGAAAGUCAGUAUAGCGGUUCUGAGAGGCUUGGCGUAUCUGAGAGAGAAGCACCAAAUCAUGCACAGAGAUGUGAAGCCUUCUAACAUCCUGGUUAAUUCUCGAGGGGAGAUUAAGCUGUGUGAUUUCGGGGUCAGCGGUCAACUCAUUGACUCCAUGGCAAACUCUUUUGUGGGAACUCGGUCCUACAUGUCUCCCGAGCGGUUGCAGGGCACCCACUACUCAGUCCAGUCCGACAUCUGGAGCAUGGGUCUGUCGUUAGUGGAGCUGUCUAUCGGAAGGUACCCAAUCCCCCCGCCAGACUCCAAGGAACUGGAAGCAAUAUUUGGCCGUCCUGUGGUGGACGGGGCAGAGGGAGAGUCUCACAGCAUCUCGCCGCGGGCCAGGCCCCCAGGACGCCCCGUCAGUGGCCAUGGGAUGGACAGCCGGCCUGCGAUGGCCAUCUUUGAACUGCUGGAUUAUAUAGUUAAUGAGCCACCUCCCAAGCUGCCGAACGGAGUUUUCACGCAAGAUUUCCAGGAGUUUGUAAAUAAAUGCUUAAUUAAAAAUCCAGCAGAACGGGCAGAUCUGAAGAUGCUGAUGAAUCACACCUUCAUCAAACGCUCCGAAGUGGAGGAGGUGGAUUUCGCCGGCUGGCUGUGCAAAACGCUGCGGUUGAACCAGCCCAGCACACCCACCCGCGCUGCCAUGUGAGGGCCGAGCCGACCGCCUGGUGUCAGUACAUCUGCCUCUGUCACCAUUUCCUCUCCUUCAGUAAAUGACAGAACUGCCCUCCUUCCUUCUCCCCGGCCCCUUCUCGCCUCGCGUCCCAGCGGCAAAGCACCGUCCCCUCGGAAGCGUCUUUAUCGGCUGACCCCCAGCCAAAGCGGGGUUGGCGUCUUUUGAUGUGGGGGUGUUCCAGGCCUCUGCUCCAGCUCUGGAGCUCCUGACACUUGGGAAACGUGGUGCUGCUUAUGUUAAUUUUUCUCUUUUUUUUUUUUUUUGGAAACAUGUUCACUUGGGUUAAAAAAAAAAAGAAAACAAUCGUGUGUGUGUGCACGCUUGCAUGUCUGUGAGGCAGUGGCCGGGGAUGGGGACGAGGGGCUGCACAGCAGACGCUUCACCUCCUCCCUGGUUUUCACGUGGGCUUCGGGCUGGAGAAAUCAGUGGGGCCAGGAAUGGAGAACCCCUGUCUAGGGUGGCCCGAAACAGCGUCGCCCUCCUGGCUGGGGACGAGGUGGGCGCCCGCCCCUGCGGACGGGGGGGUCCGCGGGAUGAUUUGUGGCCGAGCUGGGGAAGAGCGUGGCGGUGAGCUCCCUCCCGACCCGUCUGCGGGUG